AUGCAAAAGGAGGAGGUCGUGAGGAAGAGGAAGAUGGCCCAGCAGCCCCAAGCAGAGCUGGUGGUCCAUGAGCAGCUUCAGGGUAAGGAGAAGCCCCAGAAGUGCUUGAAACGUGGGAAGAGCUUCAGCCAGAAAUCCAACCUGAUCUGCCACAUGAGAAUCCACACAGGGGAGAGGCCCUAUAUAUGUGAGGAGUAUGGGAAGAGCUUCAGCCAGAAAUCCAACCUGAUCUGCCACAUGAGAAUCCACAUGGGGGAGAGGCCCUAUAUAUGUGAGGAGUGUGGGAAGAGCUUCAGCCAGAAAUCCAACCUGAUCUGCCACAUGAGAAUCCACACAGGGGAGAGGCCCUAUAUAUGUGAGGAGUGUGGGAAGAGCUUCAGACGGAGAUCCAACUUGACUGUCCACCUGAGGAGCCACAUCAAGGAGAGGUCUUACAAGUGUGAGGAGUGUGGGAAGAGCUUCAGCCGGAUCUCCCACCUGACUGUCCACAUGAGGAGGCACACUGGGCAGAAACCGUACGAGUGUGAUAAAUGCAGAAAGGGGUUUCAGACCAGCUCUGAUCUCCUCAGGCACCAGCGCGCUCACACAGAGGAGAGGCCCUUCCUCUGCCCCGACUGUGGGAAAGGCUUCAAGUACAACUCCUCCCUUGUCAGCCACCAGCACAUGCACACCCGGGAGAGGCCCUAUGAGUGUCCCGAGUGUGGGAAGAGAUUCACCCACGAGUCGAACCUGAUUGUCCACAAGAGGAUCCACACUGGCGAGAGGUCUUACGAGUGUGGGGAGUGUGGGAAGAGCUUCUGCCAGCGCUCCCACCUGAUCUACCACCUGAGGAGCCACACUGGGGAGAAGCCCUAUGAGUGUGAUAAAUGCAGGAAGAGGUUUCAUACCAGCUCUCAUCUUGUCAGGCACCAGAGGAUUCACACGGAUGAGCGGCCCUUUCGCUGCCCUUUUCCACCGAUACAAAUCGUGAAAGGACAGAGGAUAGCUCAAUUAGUUCCAUUGGAACAAAUGACUAAAUCAUUAUCCCCUCAUCAAUCACAGUCCAGGGGGAACGGGGCUUUGGCUCAACUGGAGGACUUACUCUGUUAA